CACACCUGUGAACGCUUUCCACCGACUGUUUCUCUCUUCUCAGCUUCCAGGCCCCGCUCAGUCUCACCUCCCCCUGUUCAGAACUCCAUUCCCAAACUUCAACUCUCUCUCUCUCUCUCUCUCUCUCUCUCUCUCUCUGAGAAGGAUAGUCGCAGAAAAGUUCUUAUCACUUAUUGCAUGUGCCAACAGCCAAAGCGGAACUCCUUGUUUUGUGAAGUUUGUUCUAUGCUUCUUGGCUGCAGCAAUAGAAAGAUCUCCAAGCAUAGGUAGUGCUUAAUGGCGUUGCCUUCCAUUGACUUGGUGAAAAGUGUGUUCUUUACCUAUCUGAAUUAAUGUUCUGGUUUGAGGCCUCCUUCAGUGGGUCGUGGAGUACUUUUGGUGACAAGUCUCCGUUAAUAAGGAGAAAGAAAAAUGCUCCUUUGGUCUUGGUUCUUUCUUGUUAUUUACCUAUUCUACUAGCAGAGAGGAAAAACAGCAGUAGUGGAAGAGAGUAAAAGAAAGAGCUCCUCAAAAUUUUAGCUUUUGGUUGUUAGAUAUUUAUUAGUUAUUUUCAACCAGAAUAGGGGAGAAGAAGAGGCGGAGGAGAAGAAGAUAAGCUGGCAAACAAGUGGUGGGAGAGAGUAGAUGUGUCGGCGAUGGCCGGAAUGGAUUCCGGCAGCGGCGGCGGCUCUCGCUACCUCCACCACCUCCUUCACCCACCGCAGCCGCAGCAACCGCCGCCGCCGCCACCCCACGACCAAUCGGCGACCUCUAACCCCUCGCCGGAGAAAAACCCGAAGGCCUCCCCCGACGAAGGUGCCAACAGAGACCAGCCCACCACCUCUGCCGGGCCGACCCGCCGCCCGCGCGGUCGGCCGCCGGGGUCGAAGAACAAGCCGAAGCCGCCGAUAAUAAUCACUCGCGACAGCCCCAACGGCCUCCACUCGCACAUGCUGGAGGUGGCCAGCGGCGCCGACGUGGUGGAGAGCGUGACGGAGUACGCGCGGCGGCGGGGAAGGGGGGUAUGCGUGCUGAGCGGCGGCGGCGCGGUGGUGAACGUGUCGCUCCGACAGCCGGGGGCGGCUCCGCCUGGGAGCGUGGUGGCGACUCUGACGGGGCGGUUCGAGAUCCUCUCGCUGACCGGGACGGUGCUGCCGCCGCCGGCGCCGCCGGGGGUGGGGGGGUUGACGGUGUUCCUGGCCGGUGGGCAGGGGCAGGUGGUUGGGGGAAGCGUGGUGGGCCCGCUGGUGGCUGCGGGGCCGGUGAUGCUGAUGACCGCCACGUUCGCCAAUGCCGUCUACGAGCGGCUGCCGCUGGAGGGGGAGGAUGAGGCGGCAGCGGCAGCCGCGGUGCAGGCGCGGCAGACGUCGGCGUGUCAGUCUUCUCCGGUCACUACGGGUGGCGAUGAGGGUGGCGGAAGUGGUGGUGAUGGCGGUGUUCCAUUCUAUAAUUUGGGUGCAAGCAUGGGGAAUUAUCACUUCCCGGGGGAUGCUUAUGUGUGGGGUGGAGGUGGGGUUAGGCCACCUUUUUUAUCCUGAAUGGAUGCUUUACAAUGGUGAUAGGAGAAGGUGAACUCAAAGAAGAAGAAGUGGUAGUGCAUGCUGAUUUUGGGAUCUUAUGUAUGGAUUAGAACUAUGCAGAGCAAGAAAGACACUUUAUUUGCAGUCACUAGUAAGACAUGAGGUCUGGAGUGAUAGAGGAGUUGUUUUACUUGGCUUUGUCUGGAAGCGAGAUGGUGUUUGAGAUAUGGUUAUUGGGACCCUGAUUUUUUAGGGUAGUUUUUGUCUGGUGUCAGUGAAAGAGGAAUGAGGUAAAAAAUUCUCAUUGCGGGCUUUUAUAUUGAAGCUGGAGAAAAUGGAGGGAUGAGAAUAGAAAGAAGGGAAGACGAGAUGGGAUUGCCAAGCUUCCAAGGUCAGGAUUCAAGGUUCAUGUUCAAUUCACGUCAGGUUUUUUUUUCUCUCUCAUCCCUAUCUUCUUCUUUACUCUACCGUAUGUUCAUAUGACGGUUUCUGCAGAUCUGAUGUAGAAAAUGUGCCAUAGUUCUUGUUUAUAAAUGCUCCACUGUGUUGUAUAUAUAAUUCUCGAUGUUGUAUAUCAAAUGUUAAACAAUCGACUUAUCUCAGUCAUAGCUGAUAAAGGUUCGAAGGAUGUAAGUACUUGCUCUUCUGAUUUGAUCUAAGUUUGCCAAUAUUCAGUGAA